AUGAGCAACAGUCCCAGGGCCGUGAAGGAAAACGUCGACUCUCGCAUAAAGACAAAGUAUGUCCCUCCCGACGAAACACCUGAACGUCGAAAUGCACGGACGAUAUUUGUCGGAAAUGUGCCUACAGAGGUGGCCAAAUCCAGACCUGCCCAGAAACAGUUGAAACGACAUAUCCUCUCAUUCGUUCCUGCGGCAAAAAUAGAGUCGAUACGCUAUCGCUCAGUCGCAUUCCAAAACCCCACUUCCAAGCUACCUUCGCUAGACGACGAUCCUGCAUCAGCAAAGUCCCAGGGAAAGGGCAAGUCAGUCAGCAGCGAGAAGGAGAAGGACGGGCGCCAGCACGACCGCGACCGCGCUGCAUCAUGGCGUGCGACGAAAGGCGACGACGACGACGAGCCCGCGUCUGGUAAGGUCUUCCUGUCGCCGAAGGAGAAGAAGCGCAUUGCGUUCAUCAGGCACGAGAUUCACGCGGGCGUCGAUACCGUCAACGCGUACGUCGUCUUCGCGCACGCGCCCUCAGCGGACGCGUCGGCGCGCCCCGCAAACGUGCCGCCGCCCACGCCGACAUUGGAUCCGUACGAGGCCGCGCGCCUCGCUGCGGAGCGCGUGAACGGGUCGCUGUUCAUGGAGCGCACGCUGCGGGCGGACAAGGUCGGACGCGAUCUUGCGGAUAGCACACCGGGGGCAGUUGAUGCGGAUCCGAAGGCGACAGUGUUUGUGGGCAAUUUGGACUUUGCGAGCAAGGAAGAGGAUUUGAGAGUCUUCUUCGAGGGGCUGGUGAGUGCAGAGCGAGGCCCGCCGGGCGAAGGGAGUGGUGAGAGCGAUGAGGACGAGGACGAAGAGGACGAAGGCGAAGAACACAAGGAGGCGGGCGUUGUUGUGAAGAAACCGAGAACGUGGGUCAAGCGCGUCCGCAUCAUCAGGGACAAGGACACUCAGCUCGGGAAGGGCUUCGCAUAUGUGCAAUUCAUGGAUCGUGAAUGCGUUGACGAGAUCCUUGCGAUGGAGCAAGAUCGCCUCAAAUUUGCGAAACGCAAGCUCCGCGUGCAGCGUUGCAAGACCGUUCCUGGAAGCGCAAAGAUCACGCCCAAGUUCGCCAAGAUCACCGCUGCGGGCAAGCUGGCCGCACCCAGCCAGCGACCCCGCUCCGCCUCCUUUGCAUCGCCUGCAGGCCCGACGCCGAGGGGCAACCCGGAGCUCGGCACGAAGAUCUCGCACCUGCCGAAAGACGAGCGCAAGAAGGUGAAAGCGGCAGACGCAGACCGUGUUGCACGGAGGCUGGCCAAGAAGAAGGCGAAGUUACUGGCGGAGAAGGGCGUCAAGGCGCGCCCGGACAGGGAGCGCGUGCGCAAGCGGGUGGGAGAGAGGAAGGGCGACACAGGGGCGCAGAAGGAGAAGAGGAAGAGCAGGGUGCGGAGCGGGAACGCGUUGGCGAAGAUGAAUACGAAAAAGUGA